GCUCCAUACUCGGUACAAUACACCGAUAUCCAGAUGGUCCUCUGCCCAUAUUCAUUCGGAAGCUGAAGUUCAUGGACGACGGGAACUGCGGCGAACUGCUUCCGAGUCAACAGCCGGCCAGCCAUAACAUUUAUCUUGUGCCCUUGAGGUUCUUCUAUUUCAGCCGCGGUUUCUCCGUUUGUUUGAAGUGAACAAUUCCGAUCUGGAUCUCAAUUCUUUCUUUAUCUUACUUCCCGUUCUCAUCUUCAAACCACACAUUUCCUCCAGUUUGAAACACCUUGUCGGCCAUUGCGCUCCAUCUUUGCGACCACAACGCUGCUACAUACACGCCAAGUUCACCUCACUGUCGUUAUCAGAACUUGAAUCCAUACCGUCGUCAUUCGGCCCUCACCACUUUGCCACCAGUCAAGCAUUAGUCAUUGAGCUAAAAGUUCUUCGAUUUUCAAUUUCUUGGCUUUCCUCCGGGGGGUCCAAUCGCGCUUCAUCUCCAAUUACCAGGCCCUUCCUCGGCCCUUCUUCUCCGCAUCCGCUGUCCCCGGCCCCCGCCCCGAUCGCAUUCGGCAUCCCGCACCCCGCGAUCCCAGAACCUCCCCGAAACAAACCCGCUGCCACCGGUGGAGAACCCUGGUUGCCGCCUCCGCCUCCGACAUGAAAGAAGGCACCCCGGCCCCGGUCUCGGCCGCGUCGCCGCUAGAUACUGCCGCCGGACUCAAGACGUCACACUCACAUCUCGCCGGCCUGGCAACACAAACGCAAAAGACUCGCGCUGCACUGCUUGGGGCUGAUGGCGGUGAUGUCGUCGACACGAAACCAACAGCUAUGACAAGCACAACAUCAAAAUGGAACACCAAAAACCUCGGCCUACGACUUGGUGCUGACCUCGUCAGUGCCGCUGCGGCAGCUGUGCUUGUUGCGCCUGUUAUCUCUAUCAUUGACCGCUCAAUAAUGGAAAAUGCCUCCGGCGCCGCCCCCCUCCUCACCUCCCUCCGCCGCUCCCUGCGCUCCCUUCUCUCCUCUCCCCGGUCCACCAUCCUCUCCCGUCCCUUUGGCCUCAUCUUCCUCUUGUACGGCGGCACCUACCUAACCGCCAACACGCUGGACACGACCGUCGCCACUGUCCAAAACAACCCCAACCCAGCGCACGUCACCUCGGGCAGUUCCAAAUUCUUCGCCUCCUCCGCUGCCAACAUUGGUCUCUGCAUCUACAAAGACCAAGUCUUUGUGCGCCUCUUCGGACCCCCCGGCGCCACACCCAGACCCGUGGGACUGCCAAGCUACUUACUGUUUGCGGCCAGGGAUUGCAUGACAAUUUUUGCCAGUUUCAAUGUUCCCCCUUUGCUUGGGCCGGUGUUGACAGAGAGGUUAAGCAAGGAUGCGCAGAAAUGGGUCAGUGGACAGACGAUGGCGCAGUUUGCGGCGCCGGCGGUGGUGCAGCUUUUCAGCACGCCCGUGCAUCUGUUGGGGUUGGACAUGUAUAAUCGCCCCUCGGGUGGUUCGGGAGCGGCGCCGAGUUGGGGAGAGAGGUGGUCGUUGGUGAAAAAGAAUUGGGCGGUUAGUGUGGCGGCGAGGAUAUGUAGGAUUGUGCCGGCUUUUGGUGUAGGUGGGGUCGUUAAUAUGAAAGUUAGAAAGGGUUUGAUGGAGAGGCUGAGUUAGACCAUGGGGGUGAGGGAGCGUGCCCCGAUUGGGGAUUUGAGGAUGGAUGGAUGGAUGGUUAGAUGGGCGUGUAUGGGUGUUGCUGUUGCGUUUGUAAAGACGAGGAUAAAGCUGCAUAGAGCGGCGGCAGGUGUCGGGAUAGAGGUUAGGCGUUUGGGAAUGUUUUCUGGUGUUUCAAUUUCAUGGGUUUUGGCAUCGUCUCUUGCUUGUGGGCUUGUUGUCUUAGAAAGCCAGUUUUGACUGUAUCAUAUGGUGUAGAGAGAAGGGGCAACCUCUAAUGGUACAUGAAUAGAUGACUGAGUUAUGUAAAAUUAUGCUUUUCUGUAACGGCUACUGUCAACUUUAUCGAUUCUAUCAUAAUAGCAGACAAAUCUAACGUAAGAAGCCAUUUCGACAUGAUGCUAGGAAUUCCAUGGGCUGAAUGAAUGGCAACGCACCUACUACUCACCUCACAAAAAACCGCUCUCCUGCAACGCCUUCAUAAGCCUCUCGUUGUCCUCCUUCACCGGAUGUGGCCUUGAAGCACCUUCUCCCGUGUCAAUAAAGUUUUCCCAGAACUUCAACCCCUCGAUGCCUUCCUCGCGACACAACACGCCACGCUCUUCCGCCAUCUCGAGUUCCUCCUCAGCGACACCUAUACUCCAACCGAACCUCUCCGCCACAUCUCUCGCGGUGACGCCACGCCCAAACUCGCGCCAGUCCCACGCCACCUCCCGGUCCGGCGGGAAAUUGUGCAAAUCCUGCAUCCAGGCCAGCAACGCCCUGAUGGUCGUCUCGUCCGUCCGGUCGCGCCCCUGAACCACCUUGACGCCCGACUUGAACGUGCGCAGCCGGACGGGCAACCCGAGCUUGUCCCACAAGUUAACCGCCUUUUCGAAAUCCGCAGGGCUGACCAGCUCCACACCUCCGCGAAGCCGGUUGAACAUGGCCCAGAGGUCGACAAGCGAGAUGAUCCCGCCUGCUUUCCUCAGCACGCCUCGCGCAUCAUCCGUGAGGAACUCGGCCAAUGUACGGGCAAGUUCGGACAGAUAGAGCGAGUCGCCGCCGCCGCCACUGCCGACAAUGUCCUUGGUCGCAAUGAGGCCAAGUUGGCUGGCAGACUCGGCGAGCAGCGCAUUUUCGCUGCCGGAGGAGGCGCCUCCUGCACCCUUGACUUGGCGAGCAAAGGUUUCUGCCAGGGCCACAAUGUCCUUGGCGGAGGCCAUCAGGGCUUCGAGGUCCUCGAAUGCGUUUCCGAUGACGAUCUCGUUGUUCUUGCGCAUGGAUUGGCCGCGCUGUUCGAGGCCUGCGAUUCCCGCGAUCUUUACCCGUUCGGGCUGGCCUGCAGCUGAGCCGACUCCUCCUCCUGCCCCUCCACCAGAACCAGAUCCUACCCCUAACCCGUUUGAAGAGGUUUUGGGAAUCGGAGGUGCGCCUUGAAGCAGCCACUUGCGCUG